AUUUAAGCAUGGGAAAAGUUAUGUUCAAAGGACAAGCUUCCUACAAUGGAAGGCAAGAUGAAGUAGAAGAGAUUGAAAUAAACGUUAGUAAACCCGUCUCGAAGAAUUUUGCUUUACUCAGGUUUUGGUCCCUCAAAGACCUCAGAAAAGUGAUAAACAGGCAUUCAAAAUACCCUGUAUUACUGAACAAAUUCCAAUUUAGAGACCUCAUGAGUUCUCGACACGGAAGUGUAUUUGGCUUGGAUAAGAAUAACUCUGACUAUACUUUUAAACAACUAGCCUCCUUUACGCCUCACAAGAUGGAUCCGAAAUUGCUGAACAGUGUGAUCCAUAACUCAAUAAUGUCAUCCCUCAAUAAGGAUAAAGAAGUAGUUGAUGGGAUGAAACCUAAAGCUAUAAAUAAAAUAUGCUUCUAUGAGCUAAUGUCAGCCAUGAUAAUCAUGAGCCACGCUAACUAUUACAACAAGGUCAGAUUUUUGUAUUAAACCUGUUUGACUU